UGACACAUCCCAACGCUCUAUGCAACAGACAAAAACUCUAGCAAUAAAAACAGAGUCUACAUUGUUACUCCAAAUGGUGCUUAUCUUGAAAUAAAGAAACGUCCUUUUACUCCUGCUGGGUUUUUCUUUAAUUUUGAAAGGAAACCCACAACUGGAUCUACAAGCCUAGACCAAAGUACGAAAAACGAGAGGGAAACGCUCUCACAGUAGGUUUGAGUAAAAUCAUUCCUAAAUUCCUGUCUGGACGUUUGCCAGUGCACCUAUUUUUGAGAGGACUUCUAUUUGCAGCUCCAUGAGCAUACAGAGAUCCAGUCCAAUCAGCAUUGUAAGGUAUGGAAGAUCGAGGCAUAAGACUCAUCACGAAUAUGAAGAAUUAUCUUGUGUAAGGACUAGUGACUGCAGCCAGAGUUUCAGCCCGAACCUAGGCUCUCCCAGCCCACCUGAAACCCCUAACUCGUCUCAUUGCAUUUCUCAAAUCGGACAGUAUCUAUUGUUGGAACCAUUAGAGGGUGACCACGUUCUUGGGGCUGUGCAUUUGCAUAGCGGCGAGGAGCUCAUUUGUAAGGUAUUCGAUAUUGGUCGAUAUCAAGAAACAUUAGCAGCCUAUUUUUGUUUGUCUGCUCAUGAAAGCAUCAAUCAGAUAACUGAAAUUCUGCUAGGGGAACAACGAUCAUACGUUUUCUUUGAAAAGAGCCAUGGGGAUAUGCACUCAUUUGUUCGCACUUGCAAGAGGCUCAAAGAAAAUGAAGCAGCAAGAUUAUUCUACCAGAUAACGUCUGCUGUAGCGCACUGCCACGAUAAUGGCGUGGUGCUGCGAGAUCUCAAAUUAAGGAAAUUUGUAUUUAAAGACGAAGAACGGACACAAGUAAAAUUGGAAAGCCUGGAGGAUGCUUAUAUCUUGAACGGUGAAGAUGACGCUCUUUCAGACAAGCACGGAUGUCCGGCAUAUGUGAGCCCUGAGAUUCUUAACACCAACGGCAGCUACUCUGGUAAGGCAGCUGACGUUUGGAGUCUAGGCGUGAUGCUGUACACCAUGCUUGUUGGACGGUAUCCCUUCCAUGAUGUCGAGCCAGGUUCCCUCUUUAGCAAAAUUCGUCGUGGCCAAUUUAACAUUCCAGAAACGCUUACCCCACGGGCAAAAUGCCUUAUCCGUAGCAUCUUACGUCGUGAGCCUUUGGAACGGCUAACGUCCCGGGAAAUCUUGGACCACCCGUGGUUUGCCUCUGAUUUUGCAACUUCUAGUUCCGGAUAUGGUGCUAAUGAGAAAGAAGUGGUUGAUCAGCUGGUACCUGACAUGAAUAUGGACGUUGAGUUGGACCCAUUUUUCAAUUGAGUGCAUCGAUAGGUUGGAUGUCAUCGAGAAGAUACAACACCUGGUACUCAUCACCUGAAGGAAUGCUUCCUGAAUUACAUAAUGGUACCAUGAAUCAACAUAGCUUGGUAGCAAACGUGGUGCAGACGUACUGUGACUUAAAAUGACUAUCAAAGUGGGACUUUAAAGAUUUACAUGUAGCACAACUAAUUAGGGGGUUCUGCUGUUAGAUUGAUUUUUAUUUUGGAGGAAAUGGCAGUGUAAAAUGUUGCAGCUUCUCAUCUCAUGGAGCCAAGGAGAGCGCUGAAUACUGCAGUGUAGGUAGUGGUGCAGUUCCUCACUCCAUUUUAUAAAGGUUGCAAAUCACAAUAAAUAGAAACUUAAUUAGCCUCGACGCAAUGUAAUACAUUGGCAUCGCACUGUUAGAUUAUUUUCCUUCUCAUUAUUCAGGGAAUGUACAAUUCUCCUACAAGAGUCUCCUUAAUUGUUUCUGAUGUUUUAACAUUUUACUCAAUGUGAUUUGUAACAAGAAAAAUUAGGUGCACAUGAACCAACACGCAAUGCGGGUGCUAAAAGGACAAGUUCUGCUUGUGUUUAAUGUAGCUAUUUUCAUUAUCUUCUGUAUUUUUUUUUCCUAAAUAAACUAAAUAUUCUUGUCAGAAAAUGAGCGCCAUGCUCUGUUCCCUUGGAGGGAAUAACUUAUCUGUUGUGUACAAUACAUUGCAGUUUGGCAGGAGCUAUUCAAAUGAAAUGUCAUCCAUGUGACUUCACUGGUAGUGAAGUCCUUAUGGCAAAUAUUCAGGGUUUGUUGUACUAGUACAAAGUAGUCUCCUACCUUUUUUCAGGUUAGUGUAUUUAUUUUUAAUGUUUGUUCAGCCCCUUUUUUGCCCAUCCCCUCCUUACACACACACACACAAAACAGUAUUAAUAUUUAGUUUUUCAUUUUAUCUCCUCAGUGAAUUUUCUCUUCGUUCAAUCAUUCUGGGUAAUAAUGUCAUGACCUGUGCAGAGGUAUAGACGUGAAGUUAAGCUAUACUAGUCUUUUUCUUUUUUUUUAAUUCUUGCCCUUUAAGAUCAAUCGAACUUCAUGGUAAUACUAUUUUCCUUAAAGUGAGUGCACACUCGGUGCUUAGUAAAAUUGUCACAAAAUGACAUGUAAUUGUUAGCAUUAUUGCAUCUUAUUUUGGGAUUGACAAAAGAGCAAACCCUUAAACUUCACACAUUUCUUUCAAGUUGGUGGGCAGGGCAACUGCAAAAAGAGUAAACAUUUACUUUGUCCACAGAAAUAAUUUGCUGGUCCUGUCCUGCAGCAAACAUUGGAUAUCUGACAUGAAACCAGGACUAAGAAUAGCUAUGUGUGUAUCUUAGCACACAUAAUUGAAUUAUAUCACAAUACAGAUGUUUUGCUGCUUGCACAAGUGAAUGGGAGGAUGUGGUUACCAGCUGAGUGCUCUGUACCAAGGCAUGAUUCUGUGCGGUUUAAUGAAUCUUGAAACUCCCUCUUGGAUUGGAUAUCUGGUCUUUUCUGGCAAUUCCAGCUCUUUGUUUUCAAAAACAAAAUUGAAUUAACUGAGUUACAUCUUAAAUAUUAAUUUAUUAAAUUUGUUUGUCAGAAUUUUCUGUUAGUUCAAUAUUGGGCUUCCAUAAUUUUUGAUAAUAUAUUUGGUGUCUGGGACAGACUGACCACGAAUAUCUUCCAUUGUUAAAGAGUCCAUCUGUAAAGUAAUCUUCUCGCAUUAAGUCCAGCAUCAUACUGUAAAAGCACCAGAUAUUCAUGACUGUUUUUAAUAUUUAUCAUGAAGGCAUUGUGUGCCUAGAUUAAAUUUUGUAAAGAUGUUGGAAUAUGGUACUUUGACAAUUUGGUAACUUUUAGUCUUACUACCCAUGGUCAAACUAUUGUGAAAAUAAAAUGUGACCACUUACAAAGCAUUAUAUUCAAUACAAGCACAUUCAUGGGCCUAUAAAGAUAAACUAAUGGGUUCAAAUUAAUCCAUGCCUACUUAAUGUAUUGCAAACCCUGAAUAGGUUGUAGGUUUUUUUUUAUUUUUAGUUUGUCAGAUUACUUUCCUUCUGCUUUCGAAUUGCUCAAUAUUAGGAAUCUUUUACCUUGCAUUCUUUCCUCUCCCCCCCCCCCCCCAGCACCCCGAGCCCACCCUCCAACCCCCGUGUUGUCUCCAGUUUGAUUACUGCCUGUACCAGUUCUGUGAAAUGGUCAUGUUCUUGCGUAGGUAUGCGUGGACUCUGUAGUACGUAUCUGUUAACUUGAAUUUGUGCUUUUAUAGUAUGUUGCAUGUACGUACAGCUACUUGACCUAUUUGGCUUAUGGAUGCUUUUGCCUGCAUUACAGGAGAGCUUGUAUAUGCCAAUUAAAAACACAGAAGAGAAUGAUUAAAUAAAGUUCUCCUGGAAAGGGUGGGGGGGGGGGGGGGGGGGGGGACUGCAGCUGAUCUGCCAAGAGUUAAUUUUUUUUAAAUCACAAGAAAAUGGGAGUGAAUUCGUAUUUGCUCUAUGGAUGGUGCUAUGCUGAGAAGGACUACUUUGUUUUAAAUUCAAGUGGAAGGGGAACAGAGGAGACUGCAUGGUGGGUUUUACUGCCUCUGGUGUUUUGAUUGUAUUGUAUUUGGUUUGAUGUUUUGUCCUAAUCUUUUCCUUCAGUAAAUAAAUCGUGAAUUGCACAA